GCGCUGCGGAGAAAAUACAAACUCAAGCCCGCAGAAGCACGUGGCCGAGGACGGUAAUGACUCCGGAAGUGACGACUUAAAUCCUUUCCAGAUCGAGGCCGGAAAGAUGGCGGCGGACACGCAGGGGCAGGUUUCAGACACACUGAAGAGAUUCGCUGUGAAAGUCACAUCGUCCAGCGUUAAAGAGCGCAAAGAAGUUCUUGAAGAAUUGAAGGAGUGCGUGAAAGGAAAGGAUCUUCCCGAGCCGGUCAUUAAAGGACUGUGUAAACUCUUCUAUCUCACUCUGCACAGAUACAGAGAUGCUGCGUCCCGGCGAGCUCUGCUCUCGGUCAUCGAGGUGCUCGUCCAGUCACAGCCUGAUGCCAUUGCGACCAACCUUCCUCCCGGUCUGCUGAGCUGCGGGGUGGUCAGCAGGGGCGUGAUGCCCGGGAAGACCACGGCUUCAGGAGCCUGCUGCGCCCUGCCCUGGACCUGCUUAAUUGUUCGGACCGUCUUCCCCUCCGCAGACAAGAGAGAAGGUGCCAACUGGAAGAAACUGGUUGAGGUUCAGAGUUUGCUGCUGGCGGAGGCAGUGGGUGGAGCCUCAGGGAACGCCCUCAAGUCAAUCAGCAAACGCUUUAAUAAGCUGUGGAAGGAGAACCCGGGUCUGGUGGAUCAGUACAUGAGCACUCUGCUGUGUUUGGAUCAGAGCUGUGUGUCUGUGCCGCUGCUGGGAUUGUGUGUGGAUUUCUGCACUGCGCACAAAGACAUCGCCACCAUCAACAAACACAAGGCGGCUCUCUUGGACCUGUACGUGAAGACGGUCCUCAUGAGUAAGACCAGACCGCAUCAGCACAUCCUGGAGAAGAGCGGCUCGAUGCUUCGCCACAUGUCUCACGCGGAGUUUAAGGAGCAGCUGCUGCCCACGUUACUGAAAGCUCUGCUGCGCAGCCCGGAGAACUCCAUGCAGACGAUCUCCUGCAUGCUGGCGUCUCUCACUCUUGAUCUGAGUCAGUACGCGCUGGACAUCGGGAAGGGCAUCUCCAGUCAGCUGAAGGCCAAUAACCCAGAGCUGAUGGAGCAGGCGGUUACGGCCCUUCAGAAUCUGGCCCAUCAGUGCAGCGACCCCAGCGCCGUCCAGGACCUCGUCAAACACCUCUUUGGCAUCCUUGGAGGCUCAGAGGGGAAGCUUACUGUUGUGGCCCAGAAGAUGAGCGUUCUGUCAGGAAUCAGAAGUUGCAGUCAUCAUGCCGUCUCUGGCUCUUCCUCUCAGUCUCUGAGCUCCAGCGUGGCUGUGAUGUUCAUUCCAUACCUGCAACAGGAAGUCCAUGAGGGGACGCUGGUGCAUGCGGUGUCUGUUUUAUCUCAGUGGACGAGCCGUUUCACGGUGGACGUGCCUUCAGAGUUAAGAGAAUGGUUUAAAAAAGCCUUCACUCUCAAGACGUCCACGUCCCUUGUGCGUCAUGCGUAUCUCCAGGCCAUGAUCGGGGCUUUCAAAGGCGACGCUCUCAAUCAGGCUGUGGACUUCAUGCCUCUCCUCAUCCAGACAGUGGAGAAAGCUGCUGCCCAGAAUACCCAGCAUUCUCUGCUGUCUGAAGGCGUGGCCGCCUCUGUGCUGCUCUGUCGGCUGUCUAUGCUGGAUUCUGUGCCCGAAGCGAAGCUGGCGUCCUUCUGGAACCUGAUACUAGAUGAAAAGAAGCCUCUGUUCACUACCGAGAAGUUCCUCUCUCAGGCCAGUGAAGAAGCUCUGUGCACCGUCCUGCUGCUGUGUGAAAGACUGUUCCUGGAUCAGCCUCAAAGACUCAACAACAGCAAGUCUCAGAUGUACCAUCAGGCCACAAUGAUGGCGCUGCUCUCCCGUCUGUGGCGUGUGCGUAAGCGUGCUCAGCAGACGGUGAAGAAACUCCUGUCCUCGCUGGGCGGCUCCAGCCUGGCCCACGGCCUUCUGGGAGAACUGCGUGUUGUCAUCAACAAGCACAAGAUUCUGCCACCAGAUGUUGUUUAUACGGAGACGAGUGAGCUCACAGAGAUCGGCCGCUCUUACAUCGCCCCGCGGAUCCUGCUGGACGCUCUGAGCGUGAUCUGCUCGGUGGCGGCUCAGUGGAACGACCCGGCGGAGACUGAGAAACUAGCCUUGGAUAUUAUCAUCGUAACCCAUCAUCCGUCCAUCGUGGCCGUCAGGUCUGAGAUGUGGCCUUCUCUGAUGUCCACCAUGAAGCUGGACGUUGCUGAAUUCAUCGAUAAACACCUGGAGAUGAUUCUACCUCGCCUGCUAGAAGCCAACACAGACAAUCAGGCUGUUCAGAAUGCUGUCGGUUCCCUGUCGCUUCUGUCUCCCACCAGACUGCUGCCGCGUGUCAUGGAUCAUGUGACCCAGCGCUUGUCCAAUCCGGCGCUGAGUCAGGUGACGCGUCAGGAGUAUGCCAUCAUGCAAACGCCGGAGGGAGAACUUUACGACAAGAGCAUCAUUAUGAGCGCUCAGCAGGAGAGCACAAAGAAAGGCAACAUGAAAAGAGAGAAUAAGGCGUAUUCCUUCAAAGAGCAGAUCAUUGAACUGGAGCUUCAGGAGGAGAUCAAGAAGAAGAAAGGCAUCAAAGAGGAGCUCCAGCUGACCAGCAAGCAGAAGGAGAUGAUGCAGAACCAGCUGGAGAAAGAGUCGGGCAUCCGCAAGCGUUUACAGGAGCUGGAUGUGGAGCUGCAGUGUGCGGUCGGUCUGCUGGAGGCGGCUCUGGCCCGUCGUCCAUCUCUGAUCUGGAUGCAUCUUCCUGGAGUUCUGCAGGUUGUUCUGCCCCUACUUCAGUCUCCUCUGGCUGCUCCCCGCGUCAAACAGGUCUUCCUGCACAUCGGCGUCACUCUGAUGCCUAAAGAGCUGCACUACCUGGCGGUUCUCGUGGGUCAUGUGACCUUGCGUCAGCUGAAGCCAGAGUGUGAUUUGGAUCCUGCCUGGGCUCAAGAAGAUCUGAACACAGCAACGCAACGAACCGUAUCACUGCUGCACACAAACACAACACUUCAGAGAGAUGGCAAGACCGGAUCAGGUGCAUUUGUCCUUUCAGCACCGGCAUUCUCCUUCUGUUUCCCGCUGCUGCAGGCGGUGUUGAGUCAGAGCAGCGGAUCCUCAGAGGAGACCGAGCUCAUGAUGACCCGCGCACUGCAGGUCAUCAACACACAUGCACAGCUGCGGGCGAAAUUCAACGAAAGCGACACACUCAUUGAUGAGAACGGCCCAGAGCUGCUGCCCAGAGUCAGUAUGCUGCUGCUCUUGACCAAAGUGAUUGGCACGUCCACCCCUCGCCUUCAGGUGCUGGCAUCAGGCUGUCUGACGGCUCUGUGUGCCAGCGCUGGAGGGCAGGAGGGAUGUGCGCUCGCCGAACAGCCAGAGAUUGACGUUCUGCUGGAGGCUUUACUGUCAUCGUGCUUCUCUGUCAGAGACGCUGCGCUCAGGGGUCUGCUGGAGAUGGAGUUGGCGUUGCCCACCGACAGCGCUGACGCCAGUGGUCUGAAGAUGCUGAGGAGACUGUGGGUGGCCAAAUUUGAUGUGGAGGAGGAGGGCAGAGCUCUGGCAGAGAAACUCUGGCAGGCUCUGUGUCUGGAUCUGGUCCCUGAGCUGUGUUCGCUCCUGAUUGAGGAUGUGAUCCACCACGAAGAGGCGGUGCGUUCGGCGGGGGCCGAGGCUCUGUCCAGCGCCGUCAGCCAGUACCGCGAGCAGUCGGCCACCGUCCUGACCAAACUCACGGAGCUCUACCACCAGAAACUCUACAGACCUCCUCCGGUUCUGGACACUCUGGGACGCGUCAUUUCUGAAGCUCCUCCUGACCAAUGGGAGGCCAGGUGCGGCAUUGCUCUGGCGCUCAACAAACUGGCUGAGUUCCUGGAUGAGAGUCAGGUGACACCCCUCUUCCUGUUCUUUGUGCCGGACGCUCUGAACGACAGACACGCGGAGGUGCGACGCUGCAUGCUGGACGCAGCGCUGUCCGCCCUCAACACACACGGCAAGGAUAGCGUGAACUCGCUGCUGCCCGUGUCUGAGGAGUUUCUGAAGAACGCGCCACAGGACGCCAGCUACGAUGCUGUGCGGCAGAGCGUGGUCAUCCUCAUGGGCUCGCUGGCCAAACAUCUGGACAAGAGCGACCCUAAAGUCAAACCCAUUGUGGCCAAGCUGAUCACAGCCCUGUCCACUCCCUCACAGCAGGUUCAGGAGUCGGUGGCCAGCUGUCUUCCUCCUCUGGUUCCUGCUAUAAAGGAGGACGCCGGUGGGAUGGUGCGGAAGCUCCUGCAGCUCCUGCUGGAGAGCGACAAAUACGCCGAGCGGAAGGGAGCUGCGUACGGACUGGCCGGGUUGGUCAAAGGUCUGGGCAUCCUGUCUCUCAAACAGCAGGAGAUCAUGACCACUCUGACAGACGCCAUCCAGGACAAGAAGAACUCCAGACGCAGAGAAGGUGCUCUGUUUGCGUUUGAGAUGUUGUGUAACAUGCUGGGGAAGCUGUUUGAGCCGUACGUGGUCCAUGUCCUCCCUCACCUGCUGCUCUGUUUUGGUGAUGGGAACCAGUACGUCAGAGAGGCGGCGGAUGACUGCGCUAAGGCUGUGAUGAGGAAUCUGAGCGCUCACGGCGUGAAGCUGGUGCUGCCGUCUCUGCUGGUGGCUCUGGAGGAGGAGUCCUGGAGAACCAAAGCAGGGUCGGUGGAGUUGUUGGGUGCGAUGGCGUACUGCGCUCCUAAGCAGCUGUCCUCAUGUCUGCCGAACAUCGUUCCCAAACUGAAACGGGGUUCUUUGACCGACUCUCACGUGAAGGUGCAGAAGGCCGGUCAGCAAGCGCUCCGACAGAUCGGCUCCGUCAUCCGCAACCCUGAGAUCCUGGCGAUCACCCCCAUCCUGCUGGACGCUUUAGACGGACCCGUCCUCAAUAGGAAGCGCUCACCUGCGAUGCAAACAUCUGCUGGACACCAAGAUCUGUCUCCGUAUCUGCCCAGCGUGAUUCCAGGACUCAAAGCGUCUCUGUUGGACCCCGUGCCCGAGGUGCGGACUGUGUCGGCUAAGGCUCUGGGAGCUAUGGUGAAGGGAAUGGGUGAGUCCAGCUUCGACGAUCUGCUGCCGUGGCUCAUGGAGACACUGGCGUCUGAACAGAGCUCUGUGGAUCGAUCCGGUGCCGCUCAAGGUUUGGCUGAAGUUAUGGCAGCGUUAGGUGUGGAGAAGCUGGAUAAACUGAUGCCAGACGUGGUUCAGACGGCCAGUAAGGUGGACAUCGCCUCUCACGUCAGAGACGGAUACAUCAUGAUGUUCAUCUACCUCCCUCUGACCUUUGGGGAAAAAUUCACCCCGUAUGUGGGUCCCAUCAUUCCCUGCAUCCUCAAGGCUCUGGCCGAUGAGAACGAGUAUGUGCGAGACACGGCCCUGCGCGCUGGCCAGCGCAUCAUCAGCAUGUACGCCGAGACUGCCAUCGCUCUGCUGCUGCCAGAGCUGGAGCAGGGCCUGUUUGAUGACCUCUGGAGGAUCAGAUUUAGCUCAGUGCAGUUGCUAGGCGACCUGCUGUUCCAUAUCUCCGGGGUAACAGGAAAGAUGACAACAGAGACGGCAUCAGAGGAUGACAAUUUUGGCACGGCCCAGUCAACUAAGGCCAUUAUUGGAGCGCUGGGCGCAGAGAGACGCAACCGUGUGCUUUCUGGGCUCUACAUGGGCCGCUCAGACAUACAGCUGGUGGUCAGACAGGCGUCUCUUCACGUGUGGAAGAUCGUGGUGUCGAACACGCCGCGAACGCUACGAGAAAUCCUGCCCACCCUCUUCACGCUGCUGCUGGGCUUCCUGGCCUCCACCUGCCCAGACAAGAGAACGAUCGCUGCUCGUACUUUGGGUGACCUGGUGAAGAAACUAGGUGAGAAGAUCCUGCCUGAAAUCAUUCCCAUCCUGGAGGAGGGUCUGCGCUCGGAUAAGAGCGACGAGAGGCAGGGUGUGUGUAUCGGCCUCUGCGAGAUCAUGAAGUCCACCAGCAAAGACGCAGUUCUGGUGUUCUCCGAGUCUCUGGUUCCCACCGUGCGUAAGGCCCUGUGUGAUCCUCUGGAGGAGGUUCGUGAAGCGGCUGCCAAAACCUUCGAGCAGCUCCACGCCACCAUCGGUCACCAGGCCCUCGACGACAUCCUGCCUACACUGCUCAAACAACUGGAGAACGAAGAGACAUCAGAGUUUGCGUUGGAUGGAUUGAAACAAGUCAUGGCUGUGAAGAGUCGAUCCGUCCUGCCUUACCUGGUGCCUAAGCUGACGGCUCCUCCUGUAAACACACGUGUCCUGGCCUUCCUGUCUGCUGUGGCAGGAGACGCUCUGACGCGACACCUCGGGGUGAUUCUGCCCGCGCUGCUCUCCUCUCUCAAAGACAAGCUGGGCUCAGAGGAGUGCCUGCAGGAGUUGAGCAACUGUCAGACUGUGAUCCUCUCGGUGGAGGAUGAAGUGGGCCAGAGGAUCAUCAUUGAGGAUCUGCUGGAGGCCACGCGAGGAGCAGACGCUGGGCUGAGGCAGGCGUCCGUCACCAUCCUCAACGGAUACUUCUCUCGAACGCGGCUGGACUACAGCGCUCACACGCGCAUGCUGCUGUCUGGCCUCAUGCGGCUCCUGAACGACCCCAACCCUGAGGUGCUCAGCCAGAGCUGGGACACCAUCAACUCCAUCACAAAGAAACUGGAUGCUGGCAGUCAGCUGUCCUUGAUUGAUGACCUACACAGGGACAUCCGCUCUGCUGCCGCUGAGGUCAGAGGUCAACACCUACCUGGAUUCUGUCUGCCCAAGAAGGGAGUGACGUGUAUUCUCCCCGUGCUGAGGGAGGGCGUGCUGACAGGAAGUCCUGAGCAGAAGGAGGAAGCGGCUCGUGCGCUGGGCGGAGUCAUUAAACUGACAUCAGCGGAGGCACUGCGGCCCUCUGUGGUCAACAUCACCGGACCGCUCAUCCGUAUCCUAGGAGACCGUUUCUCUUGGAGUGUGAAGACGGCUCUGCUGGAUACGCUCACUCUGCUGCUGGCCAAAGUGGGCAUCGCUCUGAAACCCUUCCUGCCGCAGCUCCAGACCACCUUCCUGAAGGCCCUCCAGGACUCCAGCCGGGCCGUGAGGCUGCGGGCGGCAGAGUCUCUGGGUCAGCUGGUCUCCAUACACACUAAAGUAGAUCCACUGUUCACUGAACAGCUGUCGGCCAUACGCAGCGCAGAGGACUCUGGAGUCAGGGAGACGAUGUUGCAGGCCCUGCGCUUCGUCAUCCAGGGUGCAGGGGCAAAGGUGGACCCCACCAUCAGGAAGAACAUCACCACAACACUGCUGGGCAUGCUGGGACAUGAUGAGGAUGCCACGAGAAUGGCCUCUGCAGGCUGUGUUGGCGAGCUGUGUGCCUUCCUGUCAGAAGAGGAGCUCAAGAAUGUGUUACAGCAGCAUGUCCUCGCGGAUGUGUCAGGCGUGGACUGGAUGGUGCGUCACGGCCGUAGUUUGGCUCUGGCUAUCGCGGUGAAGUCCGCUCCUGAUCAGCUGUGUUCAGAGGAGUACAGCUCGUCUGUGCUGGAGGCCGUCUUAUCCAGUGCCACCGCAGACAGAAUCCCCAUCGCAUGCAGUGGCAUCCGAGCCAUGGGUUACCUGAUGAGACACCAGCUCCGCUCAGGAGGACCGGAGAGCAUCUCACCCCGCAUCAUCACACAGUUCAUCAAGAGUCUGCAGAACCAGUCGAGUGACAUUCGUCUGGUGACGGAGCGCGUGCUCUGGUGGGUGUGUAAGGAGGCGGAGACUCCCGCUCUGGAGCCCAGUCUGGUCAAACCGCUCAUCAAAGCCCUGCUGGACAACACUAAGGACAAGAACACCAGCGUCCGAGCGCAGAGCGAACACACGCUCGUCAGCCUGCUGCGGCUGCGCCAGGGAGAAGACGGCAUGCAGAGCAUCAGUGCGAUCCUGGACUCGGCCAGUAAUGAGCUGCUGUCAGAAUGUUACCGCAGAUCCUUGAAGAAGAUCUCCAGCCUUCCCGACUCCAACGAAGAGAUCGAUGACACCAUCCUGACAUGAUGGACAGCCUCCGCUGCUCUGAAUCCAGUCCUGUAACCGCUGCUGUUCUCAGAGAUCCUGCAUCUGUCAGUCACACACACACACACUCUCCUCACGCUAGCUUUGACUCGUGUCAUUUACGCCACAAGGAAAGCCUGGGAAAGUAUUUAUUGUGCUGAGCCCCUGAAAUCAUCAUCUAAAAUCUGCAUUUUCCUUAAUUGGCUAUUAACUUGUAAAUGUAUAUUUUUCGUUUGGUUUUCUUCUGAAAGAUGAAGUAUUCAUUUGUGCCAAUUCUUUUCAAACAUUGAUGUUCUGAUGCCCUUUUAUGUUUCGUUUGGAUGGUGAGCAGUUUCUCGCUGUUGUGAUUGAUUUCUCCGUGUGUGUGAGAGACGCGUGAGCCAUUAACAACCCAAAGGAUGUGAUGCUGAUUUCUCCAAUUGGCGCUGUGUCCUAUAAUAAUGGUUGUAGGAAUAAAUAGAAAAUGAAAACCUUGGUUUAAUAAACGGUUUGACUUAAUUACA